AUGUGGCCAGAUUGGAGUAUCUGGAAUGGCACCGAUUCCAAACCCUACAACAACAUCGUCUGGAAUGAGGCACACGCUCACAGGUUCUACGACAAUUGUGAUCCGAUCGAUUAUGCAAGUCCUAAUGUGACGCAGUACGUGUAUCAGGCCUUGGGGGAACGGUGUGUCACGGUGAGUUUUCUAAAAAUUUAGUUGAGGAUUUUUUUUUUAAUUUGGUCAAUAGUUUUGUGAAAUUAAGCCUAAAAACAUCAAAAUCAAUAAUUAAAAUCAAAGUUCAUGUUUUCGUGGUGAGACCAAAAAUUUUGAAAAUUCAAUAUUUUAGCACUAUUUUCAGUAUUUUAUAAACUUUUCCUAUCUAGUAAUAUAAAGGAAAUACAUAUAAAUAGCAAAUUUAAGAAAGUCAGGUUUUCGUCGUGAGACCAAAUAUCAUUGAAAUUUCAAUUUUUUAAAAUCCUUUUUAAUAUUUUAUAACACAUUUCCUAUCUAUAAUCACGUUUUAUCUACAAAAAAUAAAUUAAAAUGCUAUUUUUAAGAAAUUCAGGUUUUCGUGGUGGGACCCAAAUUUUUUGAUUUUUUUGAUUUUGUUUAAUAUUAUAAUUUAAACAAUUAAAAAUUGCCUAUAAGGUAGUUUUUUUUAAAUGACUUUUUUAAUUCUUUUAUUAUCUUUUCAGCCAGCUGUCACACUGCCGACAGUAGUCAUAUACGGGUUGAUAUUGUUGUUGGGGUUCGUUGGCAACCUCUGUACUUGUAUUGUUAUUGCGACGAACAAAAGUAUGCACAACCCCACUAACUACUACUUGUUCAACUUGGCUGUUUCUGAUUUGUUAAUGUUGAUUUUGGGUAUGAUUUUUUAAUUUUGAAGUUUUAAAGAUAUUGUGAUACCUUUGGUACUGUACUGAUUCUUAAAGUUAUUAUGGUGCAAUUAUGUGCCUUUUUAGUAUAAUGCAGUGCCAAAUUUCGUAUUAGAUCAUACAAAAUGAAAUUCAAAAUUAUAGGCCUGCCAAUGGAACUAUGGGGAGUGUUUGACGUCGUAUAUCCAUAUCGAUUCAAUGCCUUCUUUUGUAAAUCGAGAGCAUUCCUGAUUGAAUUUACGAGUUGUGCUUCUGUUUUGACCAUGACGUGCUUCUCAAUUGAACGAUGGUUGGCCAUUUGGUAAGUUUUUUACCCUAUCCUACCCUACCCUACCCUACCCUACCCUACCCUACCUUCUACUCAAUAUUAAUCUUUUUUCUUUUCAGCUACCCCCUCAAGCACAAAAGCUUCUCCUCCUGCUACCGUGCCACAAUUGCUAUCAUCGGUGUCUGGAUUCUCUCAUUCGUGAUGGCAUCUCCAGUCCUACAAAUCGUAGUCAUCAACAAGCUACGCAUCCCUCUAGAAUUCAUAACGGAUUCAGGAUGGCUACAUCCAAGUGUUACCAACGAUGGUCUAACGAUACUUGGAACCGACUUUUGUGCCAUGGACUUUGACGACCAUUUGUCACAAAUGAUCUUCAUUUGUGGCGCAUUUUUCGGAUUUUUCAUUUUUCCGGCCGUGGUGAUUACGGUACUUUACGCGCAUAUCAUGACUACCAUCAAGAAAACCGACCGGUACAUAACGACAGAUCAACAACAGAAUGCUCGGAAUAAGAAAAUCAUCAAAAUGUUGUGUAAGUUGGCAUAUUAAAAAUUUUCUUUAAUUUUGAAAGUAUUAGGCUAAAAUUAGGGAGUUGCAGGUUUUCGUGGUGAGACCUAAAACAUACUGUUUUUAAAUUUUAAAAAAGUUAUUUUUAGGGGUUUGGUAACGAUAUGUUUAAUUUAAUUCGCUCUUAACACAAAUUUUCACGUUUUUAAUUAUUUUAAUAAAAAUCAAGGUUUUCGUGGUGGGACUCAAAACUUUUCUCAAAAUACUAGUUUUAACGGUUUUUGUCUUCAAAAUUAGUUUUAAUGUAAAAUACGUCAUGUGUUGUACAAUUUUUUGAAAAAUUUAAGUUAAGGUUUUCGUGGUAGGACCCAAAAUUUCAAAAAAAAUUGUAAAAUUCAAAAAAACCAUGCCUAAAAACAAAGCUCAAAUUGUAAAAUACGACUGUACAAACUACGUUUCAUUUUGUCUUUUCAGUAGCCGUCGUGGUGACCUUCUUCAUCUGCUGGACCCCAUUCCAUAUGCAACGCAUCCUCGCCAUCUACGUCACCAACCUUAAUCCGGCCCCUUCGGAAGCCCUGACCAAACUCUACAAUUACAUAUUUUACUGUUCAGGUAAUUAUUACAAUUCACAUAGUGUAAUCGCUGUUUACCCGGUAACACUUUGUUUAUCGUAUGUGAGGAGAGUACAAGGAAAGUGUUAUGACAUUGGAUUAUAAGAAAUGAUUAACAGACAAUGUUGGGGUGAAUAAUAGUACAGGGCAAAACAUAAGAUUAUAGGACACGGUAAACAAUAGGAGGUCAACCAGUUUUUGACUUGAAGAAUGCCAAAAAUUUUUUAUUUCGGCGGGAAAAAUAAGUUUGAAAUUUUGCCUAUAGUUUAUAAGAAGAUAAGCUACAUUUUAGUAAUAAGAAAUGUUUUAAAGGUUCAAAUAAUUCAUUUUUAUAACUUAUUGUAAAAUUCCAAAAAUUUUUGAUUUUGGCGGGAAAAACUAAAUUUGAAUUUUUUAGUAGAAAAGUCAUCCUUGACAAUAUCAUAGCCCCAAAAAUGCAUCUAAUAUUCAAAUUAGUUAAUUUUAAAGCCUUGUGGCAGUGUGCCAAGGAAUUUAUUUUUUGGCGCGAAAGUUGAAAUUCAAAAAUUUAAAAAAUUUUUUUUAAAAAAGAUCAAAAAAUUGAGAUAAAAUUAGCUUGAAUAACAUAAUACCAAAAUUUUUACACAGUAAUAAAAAUUAUUUUUCUUUUUUUUAGGCUACUUUUACUACUCCAACUCGGCCUGCAACCCAGUCUUGUACAACAUAAUGUCAACCAGGUAUCGUCGCGCCUUCAAAAACACGAUACUCUUCCCAUUCCCAUCCUGCAAAGACCGAGUUAUGGUGAAAGCCAGUUCAAUGUCCAAGCCUAGAGCAUCAGUGUCGAGAAUGUCAACGUUGAGGUUGUCGACAGAACGAGGCUCAACGCGACUCACAAAGUCGCAAGAAGAUGGUACCUCAGCUCUGAUACGACACAACGGCAGUCAACGGAGCCAAAGGGUUUUGGCUAAGAUCGAUGCGGCUCAGAAAUAG